CCUUGCUGCCUUGUCGAUGAGUUAUUUGCCUGUUUGGAUGUGCGUCUAAUACCAAGGGCAGAGGAAUUGAGGAGCAAAAAGUUGGAGGUGGGAGAAUAACAAACUUGAAGUCUGUUGGAGGUGAACAGCUGGACUACAUAUUGGAACGUGAAGCUGUUUCAGCAGAAACAGGGAGAAGUCUGAGGUGGAGCGUUGCUGCCUGAGUUCUGUUUUUUUCCCCCCACAGACAGGUUGAACAGGUUUCUUCCUCUAUAAUACCUGUCUUCUCCCGCUCUCGAUUGUUUAUACUUGUGGGAGGGAGAAGGAGUAUAAAGGUUAUCCGUUCGUUUCAACUUUUUUCCCAGAAAGAAGACAUUCAACAUGCCUGAGGAUGGAGAAUAUUAUGGAAAACAUGGUGACCCAAGGAAAUUUGACCCCACAUUCAAGGGCCCAAUCCAUAACAGGGGCUGCACGGAUAUUGCAUGUUGCAUCCUCUUCAUUGUUGCCAUACUGGGUUAUAUUGCAGUUGGAAUACUUGCUUGGACUCAGGGUGACCCCAGGAAGGUGAUCUAUCCCACAGACAGCCGGGGUCAGUUCUGUGGACACUCCGGCACCCCGCUUGCGAACAAGCCACUAUUGUUCUACUUCAACAUCAUGAAGUGUGCGAGUCCCAUGGUGCUGCUGGAGUUUCAGUGUCCUACCACUCAGUUGUGUGUGGAAAAAUGCCCCGAUAAGUUCAUGACACUGUUAAAAGCCUACACUGACAGAAAUGACUUUGACUACUACAAGGAGUUCUGCAAGGAAGGUGUAACAAAUACGAUGGGUGUGCCAUCUAUCCUGAAGGAUGGUCUUUGUCCUGCCAUGUUGAUCCCCAGCACACCUUUCACUCGUCGGUGUUUCCCAGCUUUGGACAAGAAAGGAGGAGUGAUAACUGUGGGAAACAAGUCUCAGUUUACUGAUGAAUAUGGAAAAAUAAGAGAUGCCAAGGACUUAGUAGAUGGAGUCAAGAAUGCUACAGUGGCGAUUGAGGCUCGUCAAGCGGUCAUGAAAAUCUUUGAAGAUUACACCCAAUCCUGGUACUGGAUCCUAAUAGGAUUGGUUAUUGCUACGCUCCUCAGCCUGCUCUUCAUCGUCCUCCUGCGGUUCCUGGCAGGGAUCAUGGUUUGGAUCAUGGUCGUCCUGGUGAUUGGGGUCAUUGCAUAUGGUAUCUUCCACUGCUACAUGGAGUAUGCUUCCCUGAAAGGGGAACCUGGUGCAAAUGUAACUCUGCAGGAGCUGGGCUUCCAGACAGACUUCACAGUUUACCUGCACAUUAGACAGACGUGGCUGGCCUUCAUGAUUAUCCUGGCCAUUGUGGAGGUCAUCAUUAUCCUGCUGCUCAUCUUUCUCAGGAAGAGGAUCCUCAUUGCUAUUGCACUUCUUAAAGAAGCAAGCAGAGCCAUUGGACAUGUGAUGUGUUCCCUUUUUUACCCCCUGUUCACUUUUCUCCUCCUGGCCAUAGUUAUUGCUUACUGGGCAGUUACUGCAAUUUUCUUAUCUACCUCAAAUGAGCCCAUCUACAAAGUUUUUAACGAGACCGCGUGUGAGCACUCAAGAAAAACGUGUGACCCUGCUAACUACAGCAGCACUCAGAUGAAAGCACAGUGUCCUGAUUCGGAGUGCCUGUUUGCUUUCUACGGUGGAGAGACUGUUUACCACAAAUACCUGAUUGGAUUGCAGUUCUUCAAUGUCUUCAUGUUGUUUUGGUGUGCCAACUUUGUCAUGGCUCUGGGACAGAUGACUCUGGCUGGGGCCUUUUCUUCCUACUAUUGGGCCUUCGUUAAGCCAGAUGAUAUGCCGAAAUGCCCAAUUUUUUCAGCACUGGGGAGAUCACUCAGGUAUCACACAGGAACUUUGGCCUUUGGUUCCCUCAUCCUGUCAAUCAUUCAGAUCAUCAGGGUUCUGCUGGAAUAUCUGGACCACAGGCUGAAAGGAGCCCAUAAUAAGUUCACCAAGUUCCUGAUGUGCUGUCUGAAGUGCUGCUUCUGGUGUCUGGAGAAAUGUGUCAAGUUCUUAAACAGAAACGCUUACAUUAUGGUGGCAAUCUAUGGCAAAAACUUCUGCACUUCUGCCAGAGACGCUUUUUUCCUCCUCAUGAGGAACUUGAUCAGAGUGGCUGUCCUCGACAAAGUGACAGAUUUCCUCUUGUUUUUGGGCAAACUUCUUGUUGUGGGGCUUGUUGGUGUCUUUGCCUUCUUUUUCUUCUCUGGGAGAGUGAAGGCCUUUGAGAAUACAGCUCCAAAUCUCCAUUAUUACUGGGUGCCCAUAUUGACGGUGGUGAUCGGGUCGUAUCUCAUCGCCCAUGGUUUCUUCAGUGUUUAUUCCAUGUGUGUGGAUACGCUUUUCCUUUGUUUCUUGGAGGAUCUUGAGAGGAACGAUGGAAGUCCAGAAAGACCAUAUCUGAUGCCAGAGAGUCUCCGAAAAGUGUUGAACAAGAAGAACAAGACGCCAGCUGCCAAGUAGAGCGGUUCGUCUCGGUGUAAGAUUUGGUGUGACAACGCUGAGGUUAAAAUUCACUCCAGUUCUUCUUCAGUGGGAUAUCUUCAAGCUAGAGGUUUGGGCAGCGACCACAUGCCAACACUUAGACCCUUGGUGCCAAUCCAAUGUCAUUAUGUUCCUGCCAAAAAUCCGUUCAGAUUCUAAAAGGGAUCACAGCUCCGUGUGUGUUUUAAAUAAUUAUGGUUUUUAAGAGCUCAAGAUUCAGAGUGACUGUGAUGCUGUGAUUUUAAUAUCAGGUACUCAGUGUAAAGUUCUACAGAUUUUACAGUAUGAGACAUUAUUGCUUUCCAAACAGAGCUGACAUCAAAAAAUGUUCAGGGUGUUGUGGGUUUUUACCAAAAACCACUUAUUAUGGCCAUGUUUUAUUUUUGUUUGUUACAUGAAGUUAAUCUUAAAGAUGUAUAGUUAUUGUUUCUGCAUGUGUAAUUUUUUUAAAAUGAGAUAUUUGAAUAAAUAUUUGUUUUAUCAUUACCAAAGAUAUUUUAUUACCCCUUAAGAAGCAUCGCUGUGGUUUUGCUGACACAGUUAAGUUUCCUAACAUAUUUUUGUAUGUGGACAUUUAUCAGCCACAAUAUGGAGGCGAAAUGUCAGCUAAAAUUAAAAUGUCACUUUUUUUUUUUUUUUUUACUUUUGUUACAUUUUAGAUACGUGGAAUUUACUUCUGUUUUUCGGGAAAUAAAAUAUUGUACAUGA